AUGAUAUCUUCAAAUCAAAAUUUAAUUAAACAUCUGAGUCGACAAAUUCCACUUUAUAAGAGAUGGCUUCCUCAUAGACUCUUCCGUACUUCCGCGUGUUUCUUCGGAGAGGAUGUGCCACGACAGCAGAGAUUUACGAAAGUAGAGGAGGUGAGAUCAUACGACAAGACGGUGGAGAUCACGGAGCUGGAGGUGCCAGAGUCGCCCAGGGCCGGAGACGACGUCACCCUCACCUGUCGCUUCAAGCUGCACGGCAACGGACACAACCUCUACACCGUCAACUGGUGGCGGGGCAAGGACCAGUUCUACACCUACAAGGGCACCAACCACGACUCCAAACAUGCCUUCACCUUUCGCGGUAUACAGAUGAAAGAGGAGGAGUCGACGCGGGAGUCAGUUGUCCUCAAGAACGUGUCCGAGGACACUUCAGGGGUCUUCAAGUGUGAGGUGAUGGGUGAGGGUCCCUCCUUCAGGACAGCCGUCGAGACCAAGGUCAUGAAUAUCAUAGUGCCGCCGAAGACCGUGGAGGUACACUCCUGGGCCGACCCGGACCCGCCCACCUACCGUGCGGGUGAAACUAUCCAGAUUAAUUGCACGGCUAGAGGCGCCAAGCCCAGAGCUCACAUUAUGUGGGAGAUCAACGGAAGACCGGUGAGAGAUCUCAACGUGGUGAAGUAUGCAGACUUCGAGGACCACCGAGGGAGAGUGACGACCACUCUGGGCCUCCGCUGGAUGGCCCCAGAGUACUUCCACAACAACAUGGCCCGGGUCACCUGUCGGGCAGCUGUGGCCGGCCACUCCACCACAGCAUCCAAAGAUAUUUAUCUCGACCCAGCAUCCAGCGCCGCCUUCAACCAUCCCUACGGAUCCACAGGAAAUUUAAGCCUUGUGGAAGUUUAG